AUGUCGUCCAUAUCUACCGAUGAAGAACUUCAUCUUCAACGCUGGUCUUCUCUCCUCGCCGAUUUCUAUUCGACCAAUAACCCUCUCUACGGCUCUAUAAUAACGUUGAUAGAAUUUCCGACUCAAUCUAACGGUGUUAUCACUCUUAACUUCUCUCUUCUCGAUUCGAACGUUUCCGUAACUGAUGUCGAACCAAUACUGCAGACUUUAGGAUUCGUCAAUGGAGUGCUGGUACAUUCCGAAGAUUAUUCAAAAUAUGAAAAAAUAAAGAGACAAGUAAGAUCUGCUUGGCAUAGUAAGAAAGCAGCUGAAUUGGAAGAAGAAUUAAACAGACUAUUGAACAGUAAGCCCGCAGUGUAUACUGUAGCGCAUAGGAGAAGUGAAGUAACUUCGUUUGUAAGAGUAUUUAAAGAUAACGUGGGAGCGGCACCAUUUAUUAAAGGAUUGAGACAAGUAUUCGAAUUGCAACAGGGCAAGCACAAUUUAGUGUCAUGGACAUUUUUAGAUGACAGGUUAACGCAGAAUGGGCCCGAUUUCAUGAGAGCUGCGGUUAAUCUAUUAGUGAACGUUCUUUCGUUCACUCAUACUAUCCAAGAAGCCGACGAAUCAGUGACACAGGAAACAUCGAGGACAUGGUAUUUUGCUGUCACCAUUCCUGACAGUGAAAUCAAGAGUCUAUUGCCAUUACUUCCCAAGAAUGUUGGCAGUGUUAGACCAACCGGUACUAUUGAAGUAUCGUCCCAACAGAGACCGGCAGAGAUGAGAUCUUUAGUUGGUAGAAUAUGUUGGAUACCUAUCGGUAUUGUGCUAUUCUGGUGGAGAUUCUGGACUGGUUUGUUGUUGCAGCUGUCGGGAAUAAGGGGAAGGAACAAAUGA